AUGCUCCACCAAGUACGCCGGUGGCUCCCACGCGCACUGCGGCCGCGGCUCUUGGCCUCGACGUCCCAUGCGUGGCUCCGCGAUCCGACGAGCAAGAAGCUAGCUCAAUUCAUAAAGGCAGAAGAGGCCAUCUGGAAGAAGGCGAGCCAGCCCCACCGCAAGUUCCAGCGCGCGCUGUACCUCGAGAUGCGCGGACGGCUCAACUUGGGCGAGAUGGAGCACUCGAUACCUGAGCAGAUUGGCGCCUAUGCGUACUAUCUCAAGCACCUUCCACGGUCCAACUACCCGAUUUACUACCGGCAGCACCUCGGGACGUGCGUCGAGGAGGUGCUUCUGGACCCGAACGUUCUCGACUGCGGUCAAGUGACCGUCUUUAAAGUCUCACCGGACGGCAAGUACCUCGCGUAUACGGCCGAUCGCGACGGCAACGAGCAGUUUGAAGCGUUCGUCAAGAACGUCACGACAGGCCAAACUCGGCGUGUGCAUGGCAACGUGCGCAGUAUCGAAUGGGGCACGGCCAACUGCUUGUACUACACGGUGCCCGACGCCUACUACCGCCCGCACCACGUGUAUCGCCACGCCCUCUCGGGAACGUCCCAGGACGAGCUGAUCUAUGUCGAGCACGACCCGAGCGUCUUCUUGGACGUGGUGCUCACCAAGGAUCAACAGUUCGUUUUGAUCAACGCCAACUCCAAGCAGUCGUCCGAGGUCCACGCGCUCGAUGCGUCCGACAGGACUGCCCGGCCGAUCACGCUGCGUGCUCGCCAGGACCACACGCACUACUUUGCCGACCACUCGGACGGCGCCUUUUACAUUGUCACCAACGCCGACAACGCCGCCAACUACAAGAUCGUGCGGCUCGACGACACAGCCAUUGGCACUGGCACGUGGGUGGACGUGCUGCCCGACCUUCCAGGUGUCAAAAUCGAUGACAUGGACCUCUUUGCAGAGUACCUUGUGCUCUACGAACGGUGCGACGGGCUACCGCGCGUUCGCAUUUGCCCGCUCGCCGAGCCAAGUGCGUACCACAUUGUGCCGCUGCCCAAGGAGCACGCAGUGUGCUCGCUCAUGGCCGGCAUCAACCGCGACUUUCACGCGUCCAGUGUCCGGUUUUCCUUGUCGACACCGCUCGUGCCCGAGAUCGUCUACCACUACGACAUGGCGGCCCGGCAACUCGAUGCGCUCAAGGAGACGCAUGCGCCGUUUGAGCGCCAAUCGUAUGUCUGCCGACGCGUGCUUGUCGACCAAAGCGACGGCCCCUCCGUUCCGAUGACGCUCGUGCAUCACAAAGAUGUGGUAUACGACGGCAACAACCCGACCCUGCUCCUGGGCUAUGGCGCCUACGGUGCCAACCUCGAGCUUGGGUACGAAGUCGAGCACCUGAGUUUGCUCGAGCGCAACUGGGUCCUCGCCUUUGCCCAUGUCCGCGGCGGCGGCGAGCUCGGUCUCCAGUGGCACGCCAACGGGCGACAGCUCGCCAAGAAGAAUACGUUCAUCGACUACCAUGCAUGCGCCACGUACCUCUUGACGCACGGGAUCACUUCGUCAGCCAAGCUCGCGGGCAAAGGCACGUCGGCCGGUGGCCUCAUCAUGGGGUACAUGGCGAACGAAUACCCGACCCUCUUCCGCGCCCUCGUGCUCAAUGUACCCUUUGUGGAUAUUCUCGACACGAUGCUCGACGAGUCGCUGCCGCUGACGAUCCACGAGUACGACGAGUGGGGCUGUCCGAAGGACUUGGUCGUCCGAGACUACAUGCGCUCGUAUGCGCCAACGAACAACGUCCAGCGCCACACGACAUACCCGCGCAUGCUCCUGACCUCUUCGAUGAACGAUAUGCGCGUGCAGUACUGGGAGCCCAUCAAGCUCGUGCACGCGAUUCGGGCCAAGAACACGGCGACGCCGACAGACCACAUUUGGCUCCGCGUCAGCGAAGACGGCGGUCAUUUUGGCGGCGGCGGGCGCCUCGACCAGCUUCAAUCCGCGGCCUUUGAGCAAGUCUUCCUGCACGCAGCGCUUGGGUUGUUGCACGAGACCACAGCCGUCGACGCCAAGAAGAAGAAGAAGAAGGGCGUGUAG